UCAACAGAAUCAAUAUAACCAGCUCAUAAUACGUACUUCCAUUGAUGAUUGAUCCUUUUUCGUUUUCUAUAUUAUCACAUUGCAUCAUUGCCUUAUAAUAUCAUCAUUUUUCUUCGUCCAUUCGACAGUUUUGGAUUCAGCAGUAACAGUACACAUCUCUCUCUCUCAUUACGAUUUAAUGACAGACAAGUUCUGCUACAUGCUGAUGCGAAUCCAUAUGGACUGCAAUGGUUGUUACAGAAAAGUAAGGAGAGCAAUUCUUGAUAUGCGAGAGUUGGAGACUCAUUUGAUAGAGAAGAAGGAGUGCAGGGUGAGUGUGUGCGGCAGAUUUAUCCCACAGGACGUGGCGAUCAAGAUAAGGAAGAAGACGAAUCGCAGGGUUGAGAUACUAGAAAUACAAGAGCUUAUGGACAACAGUAACACCGCCACCAACGAUCAAGAAAACCUUCAAGAUCAGGCGCCGCAUACGCCUUUGAUCAGGCCUUGGGAUAAUGUCAUAUCAUACCCUAACCAAGUUGAAACUUUUUGUAUAGAAUCACAUCAUUAAUCUCGACUCUCCUGAUUAAUUUGUAAUUAAAACUGUUGUAAGGCCACUCAGUACUACCGUCUGGUGGUAUUCAUCUUCAUUGGGAGUGGGAGUUUUUAGGUUCGAAUCUCGUGGAUGACGGAUUCAAUUAUGUGGAUUAGCCGAACUCCCUCUUCUCUUAAUGUAAAAAUAUCGAUUUACUUAAAAAAAAAAAAAAACUGUUGGAAUCAUCUUUCUUUACGGAGUUGGAGUGAGCAGGAUAACUUGUAUUACUUUAUGUUUCUGUGUAUUUUAAUUUGAGGUUAGAGAGGAUGUUCAA